AUGACUUCCCUGUCGACCGCCUUCCCGGAACGGAUCCUCGCUCGGGCGAUCGCGUUCCUCUCCCUCCUUCUCCUCCUCCCGAGCGAGAACAACUUUUGUCCGUUUUUGUUCGCGCGAGCGGCGGUACGGAGCGAAACCUGGCCGUUGGGGAUAUACAAGAACCAAACGAUCGCGUUCAAAAACUUCAACACGGACGACGACAGCGGAACCACCAACAACGAAGGCGUCGGGGAAAUUAUGUUCGAAGCGAGUGUCACCUCGUUGACGAAGGGAGAUUUGAUUUUAGGGAGCGCGAACCACGCGAGCGCGUCGGACGGGACGCACACGGUCGGGGCGAAAAUUCUCGCGUUGCAAGCGCAGCUCGAUGCGAUCACGACGGAAGUGCUCGGACUGACGCCUCCGUCGCCACCUCCUGCGCCGGGGAUGUUUUUUACGGCGGUGGCGCUGAGCGACGACGGGGGGCAAGUGACGGUGGAUAUCGGGGAAACAGCGUUCAACGAAGCAUUUCAGCUUUGUCCGCUCGUGAAAUACGUUCGAAAUGGUGCAGACCACGCGUAUUAUCAUCGCAUCACAGAUAUUCCGUCGAACUUUGACGCGUAUUCGUUGUUCACGUACACGUGGAAGGACACGAACAACGUGCUAGGCACGGAUUUUGAUCUCUUCGAUACUUUAGACGACUUACGCUCCAGCGCCAACAAGUGGCAGUUUUGUAACUACAACGACCCGGACGUGGGGUUUCCGAGAGAUUGCGGCAAAAAAACGUUUGUUGGCGACACGUGGUUCUCCAUGCCCGGGGAUCGAUUCAACGCAAGAGGGUUGGAGGGCGGCGCUUCGUUCGAGAUGUGGAGCGGUGGCGGCUGCCCAGGAAUGGUGGAUCCGAUUCCGUCGGCAAGUUGGGCACAGUUCGUUGAAGAAUGCUUAGAGGAAAAUGGUGCGGAAGUCACCGGUGAAUGCACUGAGUGGGCGUCUACAAAUAAUUACGGGACGAUGCCGAGGUGGGACACGAGUUUGGUUGAAGAUAUGAGUUCCACUUUUACUGGAAAAGACGCCUUUAACGGCGACAUUUCGAAGUGGAACACAGAAAAAGUGACUAAGAUGAAUGAAAUGUUUUCUUCCGCUUCUGCGUUCAACCAAAACAUUGGGAAUUGGAACACAGCGCAAGUGAAUGAUAUGUAUGAUAUGUUUUAUUCCGCUUCUGCGUUCAACCAAGACAUUGGGAGUUGGAACACAACGCAAGUGACUGAUAUGAGUAGAAUGUUUGCUCAGGCUUCUGUGUUCAACCAAGACAUUGGGGGUUGGAACACAGAAAAAGUGAAAUGGAUGGAUAAUAUGUUUAAUUCCGCUUCUGCGUUCAACCAAGACAUUGGAAAUUGGAACACAGAAAAAGUGACUGAUAUGUCUCAUAUGUUUUCUUCCGCUUCUGCGUUCGACCAAGACAUUUCCUCGUGGACGGGAACGGCAGCGACAACGGCGCAAUCUAACAUGUUUCUCGGAGCGACUGCAUUUGAAGCGAAAUUCACGUGUGCCGACGCCGUCUCCGGUCCGGCGAGUUCGUGCGAUACGAUUAAAAGUACUUGGUUAAUCACUGCUUACUCGUAUCUUGGUGAAGGCGAGUGUCGUCAAUCUGAUGGCAGUUACCCAAUAAAAUUCUCGAAAGGCUAUUACGAUUUGAACCCUCACACGAGCGGUACUAAUGCUGAGCAAGCUCUGGACCGAUGUAAGGCAAAGUGUUUCGCAUUCGCGUGGUGUUUAGCUGCCGAAGUUGUACUUCGGGAUAUUUGGGAUACACCUGAGUGUCGAUUAAUUACGGAUUGGAACGCUUAUGUUGUUGAAUCGACGAAUACAUUCCAAAACAAUCAAUGGGGAGGUACGCAAAGUAUAGAUGGUGAAAAUUAUCAGACGUAUUGCAAUGGUGGCUCGUCCCCGUGUAGCUCUUCAAAUGUUUUCGAUGGAGGGAAACUCAACAGUCGAGAUGGAUACCACUGUUACAUAAAGACUGCUUCGAUAUGA